GACACAUGGAGCUGUCGCCCCUGUGGGGACAAUCUUGGGUGUACCCGUACCCGAUUCCUUGGCCCAGUUGACUGGGGAGCUUGACUGGGCGGACAAGGGAGGUUUUGUGAUACAAGCAGGUUAGCCCGGGUCGGGAGGGCUUAGGAAGAAGUGGGAGCAAAAGGUGCGUUCAGUGCCCCGGGGUACAUCAAAAACAGCCAUGUGGGAAGUCACAGAGGAAGCUACUGUUGUGUCGGGGCUAAAAUGAUGCACCUAUUUGCAUAUCUCAAAACUUGACCGCUUAAAACAAUUCUAAGGUCUGAGCAUUUAACUAACUUGGUAGAGUGUUUACCUAGUAUAAACGAAGCCGUGGGUUCGAUCGGCAGCACCAUAUACCCGGGCUUGUUGGCGCAGGCCUGUGGAGUCAGGAGGAUCAGAAGUUGAAGAUGAGUCUCUGUGAGGAGGAUGUUGCCGUUGGACUGGAAAGAGUAGAAGAUGAAAAGGAACUUGUGAUCAGCAGUGAGUGUAGCUCCUUUCUCCAGGAACCUGCUACCUCUACUCUGUUUAGCGGUACUGCAGUGACAGAGUGCCACGAGCCCAUCAGAAGAGGAUGGGAAAGAGUUGUGAAGCAAAGACUGUCUGGGAAAACUGCGGGAAGAUAUGAUGUGUACUUUAUCAGCCCACAAGGACUGAAGUUCAGAUCAAAACGUUCACUUGCUAAUUAUCUUCUCAAAAAUGGAGAGACUCUCCUCAAGCUUGAAGAUUUUGAUUUUACUGAGCCAUCAAAAGGGGGCAUCAGGUCAGGUUAUAAAGACCAAAGCUCAGCAGCUCUGACUUCCCAGCAACCAGAGAAAAGUGACAGUUCAAACCGGAAUCUCAGGACACGAAGCAAGUGGAAAACAAAUGUGUUGCCUCCACCAGGUGGUGAUUCAGAGUUGCCAGGUAGCAGCAGUCUGUCUAACUCUGUUCUGCUAUUGAAAGAUGAACACAUUCAUGAUGCUGACCCUGGAAAGAUGAGGAAGCCCAAAAGAAGGGCAGCUGUUCGGAAAGGAAUUGGAAGUGAGAAAACCAAGCAAAGGUGCAGGAAGAGCCUCUCAACGUCUGCUCAAAGUAACAGAAAAAGAGAGUCUGUGGAUCGGAAAGCAGGCACUGAAAGUGAGCUGGUUCCACAGGAAUGUCGGCCCAACAGGACCCUCUGCCCUGCCGAUACCUGUGCAGGCCAGGAGGCUGUCAGCCUGGUGGCGGGAGAAAAGGGCCUAGGGAAGGAAAAGCCACCGAGUCCAGGACCAGAUCUUCAUUCCACACAAGUAACUUCUGGCAUCACAAACAAAUUACAUUCAACUGAAGAAGCAGGCAAUACGAAGUGUGAGCAGACUGUUUUAGAAUUAGAGGAAAUCAGACGGAAGGGAGACCAAGAGGGGGAGACACAUUUGCAUAUCGACGUUUUUCAGGGCUCUGAAAUGCCCAGCUGCUCACAAGCCAAGAAACUCUUCACUUCUGAGACAUUUCGAGAAGACAGCAUCCCACGAACACAAGUAGAAAAAAGGAAAACAAGCCUGUAUUUUUCCAGCAAGUACAACAAAGAAGCUCUCAGCCCCCCAAGACGGAAAGCCUUCAAGAAAUGGACUCCUCCUCGGUCACCUUUUAAUCUUGUUCAAGAAACACUUUUCCAUGAUCCAUGGAAGCUCCUCAUUGCAACUAUAUUUCUCAAUCGGACCUCAGGCAAGAUGGCCAUCCCUGUGCUUUGGGAGUUUCUAGAGAAGUACCCUUCAGCUGAGGUGGCCCGAACUGCUGACUGGAGGGAUGUCUCAGAACUUCUUAAGCCUCUUGGUCUCUAUGAUCUCCGUGCAAAAACCAUUAUCAAGUUUUCAGAUGAAUAUCUGACGAAGCAGUGGAGGUAUCCAAUUGAACUUCAUGGGAUUGGUAAAUAUGGCAACGACUCCUACCGGAUUUUUUGUGUCAAUGAGUGGAAGCAGGUGCACCCUGAAGACCACAAGUUAAAUAAAUACCAUGACUGGCUUUGGGAAAAUCAUGAAAAAUUAAGUCUGUCUUAAAGGUGCCUUGUUUGAAGUUUGCUAUGCAUUGCUUUGUGCUUCCUUUUCUAAGAUCCUCUGAUGGACAGCGAGCUCCCUUCCCAGGCAUGUAGAUUUUUUCAGUUUGUGAGAAGUCCAUGUGUGUCCUAAGCCUCUGCCACCAGUAGAUCUUUGUCAGUGAGUGUUGUAGACAUAUUUUGAAUUUGAAAAGGUAACUGUUGGGUAAUGGUCCUAAAAGUGUGUUGUUUUUCCAGUGAUGAACAGUGCAUUGGUGCUCAGCACCAGUUAUCAGCAUUCCUGCUGAAGAAAGAUUAAACAUGUAUUCUCUUUCUGUACAAAGUGAAUCUAGGGUGUACAAUUGUCACAUGAGGAAAGAACCUGCCAUUCUUAUGGAUAUCGCUGCGUUAUAAUUUAAGUAGUGAGGCAUUUACCUUAGAAAGAAAUCACCAAAUAAAAACUUAAUUGACCAACA